AGUGAGCCUCGGGGUUUUCUUUAAGCUUUUUAAAUGUGUGAGAGUCAGAUCUUUUCAGUUCAACCUGGAGCCUGAUGAUGAGAAGUAGAGUAGACCCCUGGUGGUUGUGGAGGAAAACGCCGCAGAAAGCUUAACGUGCGUGUCCGCCCGCUGAGGGCUGCACGGUCCGAUCGCACCGACUGGGAGGCAGCAACCUGCACAGAGACCGGAGCUGUCCGCUGUUUGUUCUGCUCUGAGGAGGAAGAAGACAUCAACAUGGAAAACGAGAAUAAGAGGAAGAUGAAGGAGAGAUUUGGCCUGAGGCGAGACAUCUUUAAAGAGUUCCUGGCGGAAUUUCUGGGGAUCUUUGUCCUGAUACUCUUUGGAUGUGGUUCAGUGGCCCAGACAGUGCUGAGUAAAGGGGCUCUUGGGGAGCCUCUCACCAUCCAUGUUGGUUUCACUCUGGGAGUCAUGAUGGCCGUCUACAUGGCAGGAGGAGUGUCAGGAGCUCAUGUCAACCCUGCAGUCUCUCUGGCCAUGCUGAUCCUGGGGAAACUACCACUGAAGAAGUUUCCUGUGUAUGUGGCGGCACAGUUCCUGGGUGCCUUUGCUGGAUCCUGUGCUGUCUAUGGGCUGUACUACGAUGCUUUGUUGGAAUUUACUAAAGGAGAAUUUGCUGUUACUGGAGCCAAUGCCACAGCCAACAUCUUUGCAUCUUAUCCUGCCAAACAUCUCUCAGUCCUGAAUGGGUUUGUAGAUCAGGUGAUUGCGACCGGUGCUCUGAUCCUGUGCAUCCUAGCCAUCACUGACAGGAAGAACAUCGGAGCUCCUAAAGGCAUGGAGCCUCUGUGCAUCGGCCUUAUCAUUAUGGCCAUCGGAGUGUCCAUGGGUCUGAACUGCGGCUAUCCCAUCAACCCGGCUCGAGACCUGGGUCCGCGGUUCUUCACGGCUGUGGCCGGCUGGGGCAUGGACGUGUUCAGAGCUGGAGGUUGUUGGUGGUGGAUUCCUGUGGCAGGGCCUAUGGUUGGUGGAGCGGUCGGAGCGGGUGUUUACUUCCUCUUCAUUGAGCUGCAUCACCCUGAGCCUGAGAAACAGGAGAACAACAUCCAAGACAAAUAUGAAAUGAUAACUAUGAGUAAAAACUUAGAGUAAGAGCUGCAGAGCAAAGCAACGACGCUGCUGAUCUUCACUCUCAGACGACAGAAAUUCUUCUAAUGAAGCAGUUUUAUACAUUUCUACAUUUACAGUUAAUAAAAGCAUACGUUUGACUACACACUUUAUAAAACACAGAAAUUAUCCUUUUUUUAGGAAGUCUAUUUAUAAGCGUCAGGGGCUCUUUCAAAUGUCAAAAUACCAAACCUGCUUAUAAAAUAUCAGGCUUCUCCUCUGUAUCAGAAAUAUGCAGUGUUCCUUAUUUUCUCCUGUUUCCUUACUGGGAUCUUCUCCUCUCAUUAGAAAUAUUUGCCAAGUUUCUGUACAGCAUUUUUAUUAUUUUUACUACUGUCUACCAAACCAGGUGUUGAAUACGUAGCAUGUAGGAAACAGUUGAUGGUAGUGAUGUGGUAAUUGAUGUUAUUUUUAUCCAGUGUGUCACAAUAAUGUUUCUGUGCGUUUCUGUUUCACUUCUUCUUUUGCAUGUAUGUAAAAAUGUGUGACUUUAUCUUUCAGACAUUAGCUCUUUUAACAUUAAUGUAUAAAAUCCAGCCUUAAAAUACUGAACAGGUGUUGGUUAAUUUUCCAGUUAUUUCCAUGAUUCUUACUGGUUACUGGAUUUAUUUGUUACAGAGACUUGUCAUAUUAAAAAGCCAUAACUGAGCAUAGAGACACUAAGUGUCUGCUUUCUGCAGAAACAGAUAAAAACAUUUAUCUUGCAGCAGAAACCUUUUCAGAUAUCUCUGAGGUGGUUGAUGAGAAUCAGAGAGAAACACUGACUGUGGUUGUUUACAGCUCCUCACAGGUGAAAUAUGUUACAGCACAAAUGUUUGGUUCCAAGUUCAACAUGAAAACUGGACGACAACAACAUUACAACAUUACAGAAAGAACAACACUCCCUGGAGAUGUAAAAACCCUGGAUGUUUGUGUUUGUGGGAUUUUAUGAAGCUUGUAUCUGUGAGCACAGAAAAGACAAAGUGUGACCAGGUUGUUUUAGAGAAAUAAGAGCUGACUGUGAAUACCAGACACACACACUAUUUAUGCUAUACAUGGAUUCACUGUGAGAUUAUAUUGUAGUGCACUGAAUGUUUGUGUAGCAGGACAAUCUCUUAGAUUAAAAGUUUUUAUUUGUUUGUUUUAGUUUUGUGAAACAGAAAUUUUUCUGUUUCCCUUCAGAUCUUCAGUGACGUGGUUUCUGUGUUCGUUCUUUUCUCUUUUUUUUUGCUUCAGUAUUAGAAUUAGACUUUUUUCAUUUUUUUUUUCCUUUGGAUUAUAUAAAUUUGCUCUUUCUCUGCCUGUCUGAACCAGUUUGUCUUUUAAACCACUCAGUCUGUUAUUGAAUAAAGUUUG